AUGAGUAUAAAAGUUUGUUUGUACUCUAGAGAGAUUAUGAUGAGCAAACCAACCACUACAAAUGAAGUGACUUCUACUUCUGCAAAUUUAGACGGUGGCAGUGGUAAUACUACACCAUCUACUACUACCACCACCACCACUACGACAACAACAGCUUCUUCCUCUACUACUUCAACACCACAUGUUAUUACAAUUGAAAAGAAAGAUAAUAAUAGGAAGCAGAAUCAUCAGAAAGAGAAGAAACAAUAUGUAAAGAAACAACAACAACAACCAAGUACUGGUGAUGCGACAGCAGCAGCAGCAACAACUUCAACUACAACUACAACUACUUCAACAGCUUCAUCUACAGAUGGUAGUUCUAGUUCUAGUUCUGUAACAAAUACAUCAACACCAACAUCUACAGCUACAACUACAACUACAUCAUCAAAUUCUGGUGGUGGCGGCAGACAAAAGACACCAAGAGAGCCUAAACCACCAAGAGAACCAAAGCCACCUAGAGAACCUAAACAACCUAAAGAGCCAAAAGAGAUAAAAGAACAACCGAAAGGACCAAAGGAGCAAAAGGAUCCAAAACCACCACGCUUACCAAAGGAAUCAAAGCCAAAAUCAUCUGCUGCUCAACAACCAGCUGGUCAACAACAACAACAACCACAGCAACAACAACAACAGCAACAAGGUGGAAAAGGUGGUAAACAGCAACAACCAAAGAAAGAUCAACCAAAACAACAACAACAACAACAACAACAAAAGAAAGAUCAACCAAAAGCAAUCUAUCAGAAGAAAGAAAAUAAACCAAAGUCAGAACAAGAGAGAAGAGAAUUGGAGGCAAAGUUGCAAGAGGAACAACGCGUUGAGAGAGAGAGAAAGGCAGAGGAGGAUAGAAUCGCUCGUGAGAAGAAGGCAGAGGAGGAAAGACUCGCUGAGCAAGCGAGAUUGGAGCGUGAGGAGGAAGAGCGAAAGAAACAAGAGCAACUGGCACACGAGCGAUUCCUCAAGCAAAAGGAGGAGUUACUGCAACUGCAACAACUCCGACAGCAAAACUCUGCGGUCACCGCCAAGAGUAGAGUGGUCACCGAGGAAUCGAGCAAUCGUGACUCUAGCUUCAAGAGAAUCACCAAUUUCCUCAAGAAACUAAAGACUAUCAAUGAGAUUGACAACAAGGAGAAUCUACUACAGGAGAUACACCAGUUGAAUCUAUCAAAGUAUACGACGGAGAUCAUUCCCUCCAUUGUCAAAUCGUCGUUUAAACCCAACGAUAUUCCGUGGAUCGUAAAGAUAUUCUCGAUGCUGCAUCAACGCUAUGACGGAGUGGAUUCUUCCGUGUCGGAAUCACUCUUCCAGCUGUUCCUACCGCUCCAGAUACAAGCUGCCGAGCCAGAGUCCGAGAGAAACGCCAAGAUCACCAAGCGAAGAAAUGCUAUUCGUCUCAUCAUGGAUCUCUUCUACGUCGAUAUUAUUCAUACUUUUUCACCAAUCUACAAGUUAAUCAGUAAAAUGACAAGUCAAUCGACAUUUGAACAAGAUAAAGAAUGUGGAUAUCCAGUACUAGUUGUAUUGCUGAACUUCCUAAGACCAUGUACACAACUAAUUGGAAUGAGUAAAGAUAGAAAUCCAAAUCUACCAGAUAUCUACUCGAAUAUUCUCAGUGCGGACGAGCAGUCGAAUACAAAAGAGUUGAUUCAAAACUACUAUACAAAGCUUGGUGAGUUUAUUCAGCGUGAACAACAGUUGUUGCGUGACAAGGAGAAGGAGAUGAAGAGUAUUAUGCAGAUGAAGGGUGAAGUACCAGAGACUGUCACUUCGAGCUACGAACAACUCAGAAGAAACUAUGAGAAGUUGAUCACUAACGUUACAUCGUAUGCCGAUUUCAUUGGUGCACCACUGCCCACCAACGAUUACACCACCAAGUUGGAGACAGAAACAACAGAGACAAAGUCUGAACAACUCGAAGCAUUCGAUUCUCCAUGGGAAAACGAGGAGCAACGUCAAUUCUAUGAAGUUUUAGUUCCACUUCCAAAGGAAGAGAAGAAGCAAUCUACUUCACCAACAGUUCAACCAGCUACAGCAUCGACAACAGAUGAAGAUAAAGAGAAACAGGAAAAAGAGAAACAGGAGAAAGAGAAACAAAUGAGUGAGAGUGAAAAGAAAGCAAUCAAAUCAAAGACAAAUAAGAUCUAUGAGGAAAUCAUUCAAAGCUUUAAAUCAUCGGGACUCAAGACAUCGUCGGUGGAUCAUUGUGUGCUCGACUUUUUAAAGUUGAAUCUAAAGUCAUCGAAAAAGAAGAACCUGAUCAAUGUUUUGAUUCAAUCGAGACAAGAUCAAAUUCCAUAUUAUGCCAGAUUCGUUGCAUCUCUUAAUCAAACUUCACAACAAAAGGAGUUUGUAACUUCACUUACACAAACUAUUGAAGAAGAGUUGACAAAUCUCAUUGAGAAGAAGGAGCAAGUACAUCUUACCAUCAAGGUUAAAGAUAUCACUUUCAUUGGUGAGUUGAUAAAGUUCAAAGUGUUGCCAAGUUCUACCGCUUUCAACUAUUUGAAGCUGUGUUUCGAUGACUUUACUCAUCACAACAUCGACAUUGCCUGUACGUUGCUGGAGGUUUGUGGACGUUUCCUCUAUAGACAACCGGAGACUCAAUUCCGAUUGAAGAACAUGUUGGAUAUCUUGAUUAGAAACAAGAAUGCCAAGGUGAUGGAGCAACGCCAGGAAUCACUGAUUGAGAAUGCUUACCUGUCGUGUCGUCCUCUGCUCGUCAAGAAGAAGAAGGUCGAUCCAAUCCGACAGUUCACCAACGCGUUGGAGUAUGGUUACUCAACGAUGCAUCUUUUCCCAGUGAAUCAAGACCGUGAAAAAGAAUUCCUAAAGAAUAGAUACAAACCAAAUCUCGAUGAUUUCGAUCCAAUUAAUGAUACAUUCCGUAUUAGAUUUAUUUGUACAUUGAUUAUAACUUGUAAGGAUUGUUUCUCAGACCGUGAGAUUACCAGUCAUUUGAAACCUUAUUUGUUUUUCCUUCAGAGAUAUACCCUCAGUAAGGUUCUCUCGUUGGAGUUGGAAUUCAUGUUGUCCGAUUGUCUGCAGAUAGUGCCUGACAUCAAGAUAUUCAAGACUUGGGAGGAGGCAAAUGAAGAGUGUUCAAAGAAUACAACAAUCAAGGUUCCCAGCGAGAAUGAUAGCAGCGCUGAGAGUAGCUCUACUGACACCGACCAGUCGUCCAGAAGAAAAGACAUCAGAGCGACAGUCAGCAAAGAGGUUGAACAACAAACCGAUCAGCAAGUGGCCGAAGAGGAGGAGCUGUUCUAUAUGAAUCAGAGAAAGGUACAAGAGGAUACCGAGGAGGAUCUAGAGUUUUUGCGUGAGUUUAAAAAGACGAUGCAAGAGAGUGCCGACUCUAGAAAGUCUGAGAAGCAAAACAUUAAGCUCAAUUUGCCUCAUCUUAUGUCUACAACAAGUCUUGCCAACGACAUUGAGUUGCCAUCGGUGUUUUCCCCACCCUUGAACGGCGUGAGUACACCAACAGCAGUUGUUGCAGCAGCAGCACCAUCUGCACCAACAACAUCUGCAACACCACCACAACCAUCGACUGAUAUAUAA